UAGAUUGUCAGACUUAGACGUAAUUUCUUGUUGUGAAUGUUUAUUUGUAUUUUAUGUUUUUCAAAAUUAUUUGUGUAAUGUUAUCGGCCAUCCCAACUACCUAUAGUUUAGGAGUAUUUUAUUUUCGUUAUUCAUAACUUUUUUUCUUAAUUUUAAUGUUUUGCUCAUGAAACUUCAAUUUUCCAUUCUUUAAAAUUUAAUAAUAUACAUAGGUAGCUUUUUAAAUUUACUAUGCCAGGCCUGGGAAUAUUUAAGGACCUAUUCCAUAUGGAUCAUGAAAACCACUUACCAGUCCAAGUGAAACCCAAACCCGGGGCCCAGCACGACUGCCUCCGCACCAGCGAGAAGAUCCGUUUACUCCUCGCCAAGUUUCCUUCCGCGAAACCGAUACACGAUCUGCCCAGUCUUGGAUAUUCAUGCGACAUCGUCUGUGGAAAAUGUACAGCCACGAUUUCCAAAUCUAGUUCCCACCCGAUACCACAGUUUCCCGACAACGACCUGGACACAGAAAUGAUUAAUGGCCGGCCAGGAAAUGAUCUGGCCAGGACACAGCCCAACAGUAUCAAGAAGAAGAAGAGACUACAGGGCCAAGUAUGGAAUGCAGUAACCGAAGUAGUGCAGCUGGUGCAGCUAGUGGUGACGGCCACGGCAUUUGCACUGUACUACCUCAUCUACGGGUGGAUGCAGUUAGUCUACCACGGGCUGCGGGUCGCUAUGUUCUUUAGAAAUUCUGACACGCCGACGAAGAUUAUGCUUGGGGUGGUUGGUGUCAUGUCGAUCGUCGUGGGGUGCAACAUGCUCCUGCGCAUACGUAAGAUCUACUCUUACAUCCUGCGAUAAAUCUGGAUUUUUUGAUGCGGUACAUUUUUUAUGUCAGCCUGUCUAGGUAAUCGUUAAUGGGUUCACAAUGUAAAUUAUUUUUUUUUUAAUUAAAAUA